GCCGGAGACAGCGACGCAGCCCCCCCGGCCGCGGGUGCAGCCGCCGGGUCAGUUGGUCCGCACGUCUGCCGCUCGGUGCGCCCGGGGCCGCCGGCUUCGUCCGCGCCAUGGCGCCCUGGCUGCAGCUGCUGUGGCCGCUGUGGCUGCUGGCGAGCGCGGUCCCCGCCGCCGCCCAGCUCCGCGCCGCCGACGCUCAGGCCUGGGGGCCGCCGGCCCCGGAGCUGCUGGGGCCCGCCCGCUUCGCCCUGAAGAUGUACAACCGCGGCCGGGCUCCGGGCGCGCGGGCGGUGCUGGGGGCCGUUCGCGGGCGCGUCCGCCGGGCGGGCCAGGGGACGCUGUACUCCCUGGAGGCCACCCUGGAGGAGCCGCGCUGCAACGAACCUACGGUGUGCCAGCUCCCCGUGUCCAGAAAAACCCUGCUCUGCAGCUUCGAGGUCCUGGACGAGCUGGGCAAGCACAUGCUGUUGAGGCGGGACUGUGGCCCAGUGGACACCAGGAGGACAGGUGCCGGGAGAGCCCCUCCCCCUCCCCCCAUCAGGCUGCAUUCCCACUCAGCCUUGGUCUCUCUGUUCCAACCUCUUCCAGAAGACAGAAAUGAGACUUUGAAAUCCACGCUGCCGGCGCUGAACAGGGACUCCCUGCCGCAGGACUUCUCCGUGAAGAUGGCUUCGAUCUUCAAGAAGUUUGUCAGAACCUAUAACCGGACGUACGAGUCGAAGGAAGAAGCCCAGUGGCGCCUGUCCGUCUUUGCCAGUAACAUGGUGCGGGCACAGAAGAUCCAGUCCCUGGACCGAGGCACGGCUCAGUAUGGGAUCACCAAGUUCAGCGACCUGACAGAGGAGGAGUUCCGCACCAUCUACCUGAACCCCCUCCUGCGGUCGGAGCCUGGCAAGAAGAUGCAACUGGCCAAGCCCGUGGAGGACCCCGCGCCCCCUCAGUGGGACUGGAGGAGUAAGGGGGCCGUCACCAACGUCAAGGACCAGGGCAUGUGUGGCUCCUGCUGGGCCUUCUCGGUCACGGGCAACGUGGAGGGCCAGUGGUUCCUGAAGCGGGGGACCCUGCUGUCCCUGUCAGAGCAGGAGCUCUUGGACUGUGACAAGCUGGACAAAGCCUGCCUGGGCGGCUUGCCCUCCAACGCCUACUCGGCCAUAAAGAAUCUGGGAGGUCUGGAGACAGAGGAGGACUACACCUACCAGGGCCACAUGCAGGCCUGCAACUUCUCGGCACAGAAGGCCAAGGUCUACAUCAAUGACUCGGUGGAGCUGAGCCAGAAUGAGCAAAAGCUGGCGGCCUGGCUGGCCAAGAGGGGCCCCAUCUCUGUCGCCAUCAAUGCCUUUGGCAUGCAGUUCUACCGCCGCGGGAUCGCCCACCCGCUCCGGCCCCUCUGCAGUCCUUGGCUCAUCGACCACGCCGUGCUGCUGGUGGGCUACGGCAACCGCUCUGCCACUCCCUUCUGGGCCAUCAAGAACAGCUGGGGCGCCGACUGGGGUGAGGAGGGCUACUACUACUUGUACCGGGGGUCCGGGGUGUGCGGUGUGAACACCAUGGCCAGCUCGGCGGUGGUGGACUGAGGAGCCUGCCGGCACGGGACCUGGUGCUGACCAGAGCCAACCCUGCCCAGCCUGACCCGCACGUCCAGGCCCCUCCCCAGGCACCGCUGGUGAGGAACGGGCGCUGGGUGGGAGCCUCAGGGUGAGCGGAGGGCACUGGGCUGGGGCACCGCCCCCUCCACUCGGCCUGCUCCCACCCUGAAGCUCCCCCUACUGCGCCUUCGUUGAUUUGUGGAUGUGAGGAGGACCGGCUGGAGGCGGACGUGCUGGCGGCUGGGGCCAGGGCCAGGACCCGGGGCUCGGGGAGGGAGCAGGAGGGAAAUGCUUUGACCUCGAGCCCAGCCCUGUCCUGCCUCCCCCAGCUUUCUUCUGUGUGAUCUAGAAGUUUUCGGGUCCCCCUGGAUUUGGGGACAGUGUCCCCUUCCCCACCUAGGAAACUCAUAACCCCCUUCUCCUAACUGCAAUAAAGAGGCGUGCCAGUG